UACAGCGAGAUGUAGCAGUCACAGGCGUCAAGGAACUUCUAAGAACAGGAUUAUAAGUUCGUGUUGGUGAUUACCGUGACUUUUAGCCAUUGAUAUGAUAUGAUGUACUGGAGAUGUGUGACGGUUUACAACGUCAUAGUCAAACAAAGAGGAACUUUGGAACGUUGGAAUGAUUACUGCUCCCCUUGGCAGAUUAUGGAUACACCGAGGUUCGUUUUAUGUAAAUACAUGUGGAAUGCAUGUCGAAUUCAAAAUAUGAAUUCUUGGCUUCAGUUUUGAAGAUGAAGGACUAAUCAUCAGCGAGGAACAGUUAGAGAACGAAAAUGACUGACACCAUUGGGUAUAACACCAGUCUAUAUUCCUCUAUGGCCUUUCUGGCACAGAGUGACGAGGACUUGUGCAACGGAGACGUCAACUGCAGUGACAUCACGGGGCGAGGUGCAGGACAGAGAACAGCAAUGGAGGAACCAAUAUGGACACCGGAUGUUAUUCAAAGAGUUGUCUCCCUUCUUUUCAUAAUGCUAUUGACCUUAGUUGGAAACACUAUCAUAAUCAUAGUGCUGACUUGUAGCCGUUACCGAAAGCGCUACAGUCGAGUGAAUAUUUUUAUCGUGAAUCUAGCUAUUGGGGAUUUAACAGUGUGCUUCUGUACAAUGACAACUGAGAUUCUAUUUGUUGCUUUUGGACAGUGGGUCCUUGGACCAGCUGCGUGUAAGAUUCUCACCUACAUACAGAUCGUGACGUUGGCCAGCACGACAUUCAUACUGACGGCAAUGAGCUUCGACCGAUACAUGGCAAUUUGUCAACCGCUUGUGUACCGUGCCACAACGUCGCGUGCUAAGAAGAUGAUUGUGGCUUCGUGGAUUUCUGCUUUUGUGUUGGCUAUUCCUCAAAUGUUUAUUUUCCUCCAGACCGAGGAUAAAGAAACGCAUAAAUUGAAGUGUUCCAGUGCAGGCUAUACGGCCUGGUGGCAGAGGAAGCUAUACUUCUCCUUCAUGACUUCCUAUAUUCUUGUUGUACCAGCUGUGUUCAUCUCUUACUGUUACAUCAAUGUAGUUCUUGUCGUAUGGAGACAGGGAAGGGAUAUUGCAGCAUCGAAAGAAAGCAACCUCACCCUACGGCGUUCGAUAGCGGACAAUAAAGCCAUCCCUCGAGCAAAGAUAAAGACGAUUAAGAUGACAUUUAGCAUCAUUGCGAGUUUCAUUGCGUGCUACACUCCUUACUUCGUUACGACCUUGAUACGGGUGUACAGUGAAUAUAAGUACAAGAUUCCCAAAUCUGUUAUGGCGUUUGCCGAAACAAUAGCAUUGCUACAGAGUGCUAUUAAUCCGCUUUUGUAUGGAAUAUUUAACAUCAAACUCAAGAGAGGAUUAAUGGAAGUUUUCUGCCCUAAUAAGCUUAUUCGGACCACCAGCCUGAAGAGUAACGGUAUGACCGAGUGUAUGUCUGUGACAGAGGAUUAUCAAGCCACGAACGCUAAACGACACUCUGCAUUCUCAGCACGAUAUAGAGAUCCCGCUUCAACAUCAAGUAGUAGCUCACAUGAAAGGGUGAAAGGUGUUAUCAUCACCGAGGAAAAUAAAAAUGGAUUCAAACUCAGAGUAAGGUUUGCAUCUAAAGAUACCUUUUUGGGCGAACGCCAUAGUUCAGACGGUGGAGAACAAAGAUCUUGUGACGUUGCUCACAUCAAGACAACGUGUAUGUGAUUCUAGGAUUACAUUAUAUUUAUCGCCCCCUGUGAAAUACUACUGACCAUAAAUUUAAACAUCACAUGGAAUACCCUUCCUUCAUUGUGAUGUUAUCUUGGAAACCAAAGGUGUUCUUGCAGUGCUCUUCGCUCAACCAUGGCGCUAUCCAUGCAUGUGACUUCAUCUAUAUGCAUGCCUUACAUAUGUAGACGAUAUUCAUUCCGUUACUAUAGCGCACACAUGGUGCGUAAAACUAAGAUGCAUGGUACAACCAUUCCAGAUCAGAUUUUAAGCUCUCUGUAAGGCGUAGACUAUACUACGUCGUGCGCACAAACGUUUUAUUAUGAAACUAUUUUAUAUAUUAUAUGUAUACCAACCCAAGACUUAAAAGUAACCUUACGUAAAUACGUAUAGUCCUUUUGCAGUGAAAACGUACCGAUGAAUUUCAAUUUAAACAAAAAAGUAAAUCGGAUAAAGUGGAAUUACAA